AAUUAAUAUAUAAAUAUCAAUGGAUUAAAAUUAUGUAGCUCCAGAUGCAUGUGUAAUAGAAAUGGACCCUGAGGUUUAUAUUCACAACAUUAAAGAAUUGAGAGUUUCAACAGGUGAUAAAGUGAAGAUCUGUGCUGUAAUGAAAGCUGAUGCAUAUGGACAUGGAAUUGAAGUAAUGAUGGAUCCAGUUGUAAGAUCAGGAGUUGAAUAUAUCAGUGCUAUAGAUAAUUGUGAAUUUAGAAUCAUGAAUAAAUGGUUUAAAGAACAUAAUAUUAAUCAUGUUAGAUUGCUCAGAAUUGCACCAGCUACAAAAGAAGAAUUAACUGAAUCUAUAAUAAAUUAAUGGGAUGUAGAAGAAGUUGUUGGAUCAUUAGAAUAAGCUCAAUAUUAUUCUAAAAUUAUAAAUGAAUUAUCCUAAAAACUUGGAAGAGAAAUAAUUGUUAAAAUACAUCUAAAUAUUGAGACUGCUAUGGGAAGAAUGGGUUUCAGAAAGGUUUCUGAUGUUAAACUUACUUAAGAAGUCACUAAUCUAAAAGUAGUAGGAAUUAUGACACAUCUUGCUAGAGAAUAUGAAGCUCCUCCUAAUGAUGAAAUUGCUACUAGAGCUUAAGUAGAUUUAUUUAUUGAUUUUAUAUCAUAACUAACUCUAGAGUCUAAUGUAAUUAAACAUGUAGCUAAUUCAGCAGCUUUGGUUAAAAAGAAAUAUACUUAAUUUGAUAUGGUUAGAGCUGGAUCUAUUGCUUAUGGAGAAGAUAAAGAUUAAUUCUAAGAUCCUAGAGGUGUAAUUAAACCUAUUUUCCAUAAAUGGAGAACUAGUGUUGUUAUCAUUCUAAGAGAUGUCCCUCCUAAUAGUCCAAUUGGAUAUAAUGGUAUCUAAAGGACUAGAUCAGAUAAAGAUUCAACUACAGCUACUAUUAGAGUUGGUUAUGAUUAUGGAUUCCCAUAAUAUGGUUGUCUAAAUAAACACUUUGUCUUAAUUAGAGGAAAAAGAUUCCCUAUUAUUGGAAAAACUUCUAUGAAUAUGCUUGUUAUUGAUAUCACUGAUUAAGAUUUAGAUAAUUAAAUCUAAUUAGGAGAUGAAGUUGUCAUUGUUGGAAAAUAGGGUAAAGAAUACAUCAGUUGGGAUGAAUUUUCAGAUAAAUAAAAAAAAGGAAUUACAGAGCAAUAUUUAGAAAUUGCAAAUCAAUGUCCCAAAAUUAUUGUUCAAUCUGAAUGAAUUAUAUCAUAAU